AGGAAGAGAGGAAGAGACGUAGAGACGUAGACAUGAAAGGUAGAGAGGAUGAGAGGCAAAGAUGGGAGGCAUGUAGAGAAGAGAGGCGAGAGACGAGAGGGGCUACAAGGCGGCGAGGGAGACGAGAGGGUAGAGGCGAGAGAGGGAGAGAAUAUCAUAUAAGAGGAGACUUUUAUUUUGAAAAGCAAGAGACAUUU